CUCCAACAAUGCCCGAGAAGCGUUUCCAAGCAAAGGGUGGCCGCCGCACCAAGCAGCCCGUACGCCUUUACUCCAAGGGUGUGCUCAUGGGACCCAAGCGUUCCAAGUGCAACACUCACAUGAACCAGGCUCUUGUGAAGAUCGAGGGUGUUCACUGCACUGAGGAUGUCGAUUUCUACCUCGGCAAGCGCAUCGCCUACGUUUUCAAGACUAAUACAGUCAAGAACGGUUCCAAGUUCCGAUGCAUGUGGGGCAAGGUUAUGCGCGCUCACGGUAACGCUGGCACCGUUCGUUGCAACUUCAAGAAGAACCUCCCUCCUAAGGCCUACGGCUCUAUGGUCCGUGUCAUGCUCUACCCCUCUCGCGUCUAAGUUGAUGAUGAUGACGGCAAUAUAGUUGUGUAACACAUCACAACUACACUCACUUGAUAAGGAGGAGGAGACACUUUGAUGGACUAGGAGGAGACUUGGAAACGG